UAAUCUCGUCAUUAAGCCGAUAGAAGAGAUCGAAAGAAAAGAGAGGGAGAGAAAGAGAUGCCUCCACGGUUUUAUGCUUCAUCUUCCGAUUCCGAUGAUGACGCGCCAUCUCUGGCUAAGCAUGCCGGCAAGCGACGAUCUCUCCAUGAACUUUUCGGCGGUGGCAAAGUUGCUGAUGUGCUGUUGUGGAAGGACAAAAGAAUAUCUGCUGGGGUCUUGGCUGCAGGAACUGCAAUAUGGUCAAUCUUUGAGGUGAUGGAAUACAACUUCCUGACCCUCCUGUGUCAUCUUGCCAUGCUUGUUUUGGGCAUUCUCUUCCUUUGGUCGGUUCUAGCUGCUCUUUUCGACAGAGAUCCUCCAAAGGUACCAGAAGUAAUUCUUUCAGAGCAGGCCUUCAAGGAAGCUGCUCUAGCAUUCCAUAAGAAACUUACUCGGUUCAUUUCAAAGUUACACGAUAUCGGCUCUGGAAAGAACUUGAGAUUAUUCUUUGCGACUAUGGUUUCUCUUUGGAUUUUAUCGAUAUUAGGGACCUCCUCUGAUUCAAUGAGCCUCAUAUAUGUCUGUUUUCUCUGUCUUCACAGUCUGCCAGUAUUCUACGAGCACUACCAAGCGGAAGUAGACGGCUUAGCACACAAAGGAAACCGCCAAGUGAAGAAAUUGUAUAAAAGAUUUGAUUCAAGGGUUCUCAACAAAAUUCCAAGAGGGCCAGUAAAAGAGAAGAAACACAAGAAGUAGGUCACAUCUGUUGUGAUUGUGAAGUGCCAUGUGCUCUGCCCGCUUCACCAUUCUGAUACCACCAAUCUUCAAUAAAAUUGAUGGCAGCAAUACCUUGGAUAAGUUGAUUCCUUUGUGCCAUUAAAGCAAGGACAUGCUGGUUAUCAAAUUGAAAUUUGGACUGCAAUAUUUUUUUAAUGAAGGAGUAAAAUGAAUCUCUCUCUCUCUCUC